UUGUUUUUAACCCGUCUUGAAGAUGUCAUCGUGGCUUGGUGGCAUCGGCUCCGGCCUCGGCCAGUCCUUGGGGCAGGUCGGGGGCAGCUUGUCCUCUUUCACCGGGCAGAUAUCAAACUUCACCAAAGACAUGUUGCUGGAGGGAGUGGAAGAAGUAGGAGAUGCUACUACAGAGCUGCAUGUGUCCAAUUCCAAGUUGGCUGAACUCGAAUCUUCAUUUACCUCUCAGAAAUCUGAGCACGACAGAUUAAAGAUGCACCACGCAGAGCUCGAGGAGAAGCUGGAGGCAUCAGAGAUCCAGAUUAAACAACAGUCUGCGGAGUACAGAACCCUUCUGCAACAGAAAGAUGUGGAGAUCAGUCACCUCAAAGCUCGGCAGAGCUUCCUCCAAGAAGAAGUCCAGCACCUGCAGCAGUCGGCCCAGUCUGCCUCCGCUGGCCUUGCAGUGCUACCCGUCACUACGGCUUCCUCGACCACUACCUCCUCUUCUGCCUCCUCUUACCCGUCUCGCCCCUCUGGGUCAAACCAGGGUUUCCACAGUGAUGAAAUGGACCUCAGCGACGCCAUCUGGUCGCAGCAGGAGAUUAACCGGCUGUCGACAGAACUCAUGCGUCUGGAGGCAGAGGUGACGCACUGGAGGCGAAUGUCUCAGGCAUCCACAGCAACAGGAGUCGGUAACGGCGACCAGGGUGAAAUUAUCAAGCUUCAGCGGACUAUUAAGGAUCUGCGAGAGGAAAUGAGGCACGAGGUGGAUGAACACCAGCAUGAACUGACCGCCAUGCAGGACGCCCAGCGGCAGAAGAUGGCCGAGGUUAGCCGGCGGCACAGAGAGGAGCUAGCGGAGUACGAGGAGAGGAUAGAGGAGCUGGAGGAACAGAAUCAGAGUGGUGUUGGUCAAGCCACUUCUCCCUCAGACACCUCCAAGCUGCUUGAACUCCAGAAUUCCAUGAAGUCCCUGCAAGAAGCGGCAGAGCAGUGGGAGACGCAGGUGUCGGAACUGUCUGCCAGUCUGGAGGAGGCACAGAGCAAACAGGCCUCGCUGCAGCUGGAGAGAGAUGACGCCCAGGAAGAGAACGCCGGGCUGCUGCAGAAUUACACUCGUCUGCAGGCCUCGGUCGUUGAGCUCCAGACCCGAGUACAAGAGCAGGAGGAGAAGGCUCUGCAAAAAGCCCAGCUAGACCAAGAGAUCCAAGCUUUGAGGCAAAAUCUUGCAGCUGCAGAAAAAGAAAUUGAGAGACUGAAAAACCUGGAUGAAGGAGAACCAAAGGAAGAAGUUGAGCAUGCAGACAUCUUAGAGCUGAACACCAUCAUUGGGACAUUAAGACAAGAAAAAGAAGUCCUAGAACAGGAAAAGCUUAAUCUGCAAGAGAGACUGAAUGUGGCAGAAGUAUCAGCAGUUAGCAAUAAUGCAGCUGAGCCCGCUGACUCUGAGCUAGUAGAAGAUCUACAGGCAGAGCUGGAAAGGAGAGAAAAGGCUCUGAGAGCCACCGAGGAGGAACGAGACACCCUGAUCUCUGAGCUGGAGGAACUGGACCAACAAAACCAGGAAGCAACACAGCAUAUGAUCUCUGUGAAGGAGCAGCUCUCUGGACAGCUGAAGGAGGCAGAGUCAGACCUAUCAAAACUGACUGCAGAGCUCAGCACAACCAAAGACCAGAAAAGGGCAGUGGAGCAAGAGCUGGAGACCCAAAAAGAGAAAACAAGCCAGAGCGCUUUCACCCUUAACGACCUGCAUAUGGGCAAACAGCAGUUGGAACGGACAGUGAAGGAGCUGAAAGACAAACUGGGACAUGCACAUGAGCAGAGCAGGGAGGCUCGCAGAGAAAUCUCAGAGCUGAAGAAGACUUUGCAGGAGAGAGAGGAGCAUCUCUCUGUUGCAGAAGAAAAGCUGAAUCAGUCAGGGGAGAGAGGAACUGAGGCACAGGGGUCUCUAGAUGAGCUAGCAGGGAAGAAGAAGGAGCUGUCAGACCUCAGGAGAGAACUGGAUGAGAUGAGGAGCUCCCAGGAGAAGGUGAUGUCGGAGGACUACGAGAUGAAGAUGGAGAACAGGAAGUUGAAGGAACAGAGCGAGCAGGCUUUGAGUCAAAUGGAGGGACUUAACAAGCAGUUGAAGGAAAACCAGACAGCUCAGAACAGGACAGUUCUGGAAAAGGAAACUCGAAUCGAAGCUCUAAAACUGGAGAAAAACCAGCUUGAAACCGAAUUGCGGCAGACUGAGAGGACACUAACAGAGCAGGGAAAACAAUACCAGCAGACCAUCGAAGAGCUGACCCGAGCCCGCUCCAUGGAUGCUUCUGCUUUGCAGACUGACCAUGAGCGCGCCAUUAAACUCAUCCAGGAGAAGGACAUGGAGAUAUCUCAGCUGAAGAGAGACAUUGAGCAGUUGGCGUCUGACCACAGAGACACUAAUGAGAUGCUUUCCAUCACAGUUUCAGGGCAGAAGCAGCUGACAGAUUUGCUGCAAGAGAAGGACAUCUUCAUGGAUACUUUAAAACAAAAUGCUGCAGAAACGCAGAUGGAGAUGGAGAACAGUAUUUCAGUCGCCACAAGGGAAGCUGAAACCCUCAGACAGGUGCUAGAGGAAAAGGAAAAGCAUCUGGGUGUUAUGAAGGAGGAGAACAGCCAUUUGAAAGAAGAGAUUGACAGGAUCAAAGAUCAGCAGAGCCGACCUCAACCUAUGGCUGAGCCCAGGACUCUAGACAUCAUCACUGAGCUGGAGACAGAGAUCACCCAGCUCAAGUCCUCCAGGAAUGGCCUGGAAGAGGAGAUCCAGACUCUGAGAAGAACCCUGGAGGAACAGCAGACUUCUCUCCAGGCUCAGAAGACUGAGAUUGAGCAGGCCCAUGUUCGCCAUCAGCAGACCACGCUCAACUACGACAGACUCAUCAAUGCCAGAGAUGAAGAGAUAGCCCAACUCCAGCAGAGCUCUGCUGACUCUCCACCUGUGCAGGGAGAGGUAAUCCUGCAGGAGGACAAAACUCAAUCUCUAAAUCAGGAGAAUGGCAACGAGAAACACGACUUGUCCAAGGUUGAAAUAGAGAAACUGGUGAAGGGCAUAAAGGAGAAAGAGACGGAGAUCAGCCAGCUGAACGAAAAGAACCUCUCGCUGACCAAGCAGCUGGACCAGCUGGUGGUGUCUCGCGAUGAAGUGAGCAAACUGUCCCAGAUGAUUCUGCAGAAAGAUCUGGAGAUCCAGGCGCUUCAUGCAAGAGUCUCCAUGGGUGGAGGUGGUGGACACAGCCAGGAUGUCAUGUUCCUACAGCAGCAGCUGCAGGCGUACGCUGUGGAGAGAGAGCAAGUGUUAGCCGUGCUUAACGAGAAGACCAGAGAGAACAGCCAGCUUCGCUCCGAUUAUCACCGUCUCAUGGAUAUCAUGGCAGGGAAGGAGGCGGCUCUGUUGAAACUCCAGCAGGAGAACCAGCGCCUCUCAAACAUGAGCGAUCCCUCAGGAAGCCAAGAGAUGUUCAAGGAGACCAUCCAGAACCUGUCCCGCAUCAUCAGGGAGAAGGACAUUGAGAUUGACGCGCUGACCCAGAAAUGCCAAACACUAGUGACUGUCCUCCAAUCCUCAGGAGGGGAGUCCGGCGCCGGCUCUGGAGGUGUCAGCAGCAACCAGUUUGAAGAGCUGCUGCAGGAACGGGAUACUCUGAAACAGCAGGUGAAGAAGAUGGAGGAGUGGAAGCAGCAGGUGAUCACUACAGUCAAGAACAUGCAGCACGAGUCGGCGCAGCUGCAGGAGGAGCUGAUCAAACUGCAGGGUCAGGUCUCUGCUGACAGCGACUGCAGCUCCAAACUGUCAGUGGACUACUCUCGACUGAUCCAGAGCUACGAGCUGAAGGAGAGGAGGCUGGGAAGCCUGAGUCAGGAACUCGCUCAUGUCCAGCAGACCAUCACCCAGCUCAGCACCACCAAGAAUGUGCUGCUGGGUAAAUUGGACAGUGUUGCACAGACUCCUGAAGUUGUAGUUGCUAAGUCUAGUGCGCCUUCUCUCACAGCAGAUGCUCCGAGCCACCAGACGGCUUCAGCUGUAAAUAAUAAUAAACAGCAGGAAGACGUCGAAUUGUUGCGAGCACAUCUAGCCGAGAAGGAAAGCAUGAUCAGGACUCUUCAGGAAAACAACUUCAGGCUUUCCAACUCUGCGUGUGCCUCAGAGAGCGAGCAGAGGAGUCAUGCCACUGAGGUCCAACAGGUCAGAGAUAAGCUGGACGCUCUGCAGAGAUCAGUGAGGGAGAAAGACUUGCUCAUAAAAGCCAAAGGAGACCAACUAAGUCAAGUAAGUGAGUCACUACGAAAUCGCGAGAAUGACAACGAGGUGCUGAAGCAGGCUGUGACCAACCUGAAAGAGCGUGCGCUUAUUCUUGAAAUGGACGUGAAGAAGUUGAAGGAGGAGAACGAGCUUGUGGCUGCACGCUCUCGCGAGAAAGAGUCCGAGUUCAGAGCGCUGCAAGAAACCAACAUGCAGGUGUCUCUUCUGCUCAGAGAGAAGGAGUUUGAGCUGAGUUCAAUGAGUGAUAAAGCUGCAACCGUGGAGAGGAUGCUCAAGGACAAAGAGCAGGGUAAAUCUGGUGAGCUCAAUCAGCUGUUGAAUGAAUUAAAGUCCAUGCAGGAGAAAGCUGUGGCGUUCCAGCAGGAGAGAGAUCAGGUGAUGAUGGCACUCAAGCAGAAACAAAUGGAGACCACUGCUUUACAGACCGAGCUGCAGCAUAUGAGAGACAAAGAACAGCGGCUCAACUUGGAGCUGGAGAGGUUGCGUAAUCACCUCUUGGAGAUCGAGGACUCUUACACGAGAGAAGCCGUCGCUUCGGAGGACAGGGAGACCGAGCUACGCAGGAAGGUCAACUUGCUGGACGUCAGACUUGCCACGUCCUCUAGUGCUGUGGAGAAUGCCAGCCAACAGGCCAGCAUGCAGGUGGAGUCACUGCAGGAGCAACUGAGCGGCGUGGUGAAGCAGAGGGACGAUGCGCUCAUCCAGCUCCGGACCUCCCAGGAGCAGGUCAACCAGUAUGCAGUUUCACUCUCCAACCUGCAGAUGGUGCUAGAGCAAUUUCAACAAGAGGAGAAAGCCAUGUACUCAUCAGAGCUUGACAAGCUCAAGAAGGAGAGGGAGCAGUGGAGAACGAAAGCUCAGAGGCUGGAAGACCAAGCAUCUGCCCUUCAGCUGAACCUUGACGAGGCCAACGCCGCUCUGGAUUCAGCCUCUCGCCUCACCGAUCAGCUCGACCUGAAGGAGGAGCAACUUGAAGAGCUGAAAAAGCAAGUGGACGUGAGACAGGAGAUGUUGGAGGAGGCGCAGAAGAAACUGAUGAACCUUCUGAACAGCACAGAGGGGAAAAUAGACAAAGUCCUGAUGCGUAACCUGUUCGUGGGAUACUUCCACACACCUAAAACUAAGCGCUACGAUGUGCUGAGGCUCAUGGGAAAUGUCCUGGGAGUGAGCCGAGAAGAUGUUGAUACGAUGUUGGAGGAGGACGGACGGCAAGGUAUUACUGGCUGGAUGUCAGGCUGGCUUGGAGGCAGGGGAGCGCAGAGUGUCCCAAACACUCCACAGCGGCCCACCAGUGGCCAGAGUUUCAACAAUUCCUUCUCAGAGAUGUUUGUAAAGUUCCUGGAGAUUGAGUCGACCCCUUCCCUGCCAGCACCAAUGCUUGCACACCAUGACAUCAAACCUCUGAGCGCCCCGCCUCCGAGAAGAACCACCAGUGCUGCUUCCAGCACCGCUGCAGGACCUGCUGGAUCCAGCAAGCGAGCCGGUGAGGCCAAUCCUUUCCUGGCCCCUCGCUCUGCCGCGGUGCCCCUGCUGGCCGGGUCCGGCACUGGCGGGUCAGGAGGUCACCUGCUGAUGAAGCCCAUCUCAGACGCUCUGCCUACAUUUACACCUGUGCCAGUCUCAGCUGAGGCCAGUGGUGGAGCUUUCCUCAAAGACUUGUUAAAGCAGUGAUUGGUCCCGUAACGAGUGCCACUUGUCUUAAUUCAUCCAACAGGAAUUUGACACUACAUAGAGACUGAGAUAUUUGAGCACUUCUGAUGCACAUUGCUGCUUUUGUUUUUUUGUUUAAUCAGUCAGAGAUAAGAGAGCCAGAGAACCCUUUUUAUGGGAGGGGAGUUAAACUAAAAUUUGUUUUUUGAAUCAGUUUUAAUGCAAAUACUGUUCUAUGCAACAGACUUUCCCUUUACACAUGAGUGAAAGUGUUUCACAUAAAGCUUUAUUUUAAUAUAGAAGAUAGAAAUCAUUAGUGAAAAGUCCACAUUAAAAAAUAAUUUGAAUGCGAAUUGAAGGACAUUUACAGUGUGGGUCAUUCAGAGUGUAAGCAUCGCAGCACAUUUUCACAGAACCUGUCUUCUUGAUUACAAAUGAUUUCAUACGUUUUUGUUUUUGCCCAUCACAACAGUUCUGAACACAAGUGACCUUGUAGACUCGCUGUGUGCAGCACCAUACAUGUGGUUUGAAUAUAAUCGUUGCCUCCGUUUACAAGAGAAACUUUCUCAUGUCCUUCAGUUUUCAUUCUUUGCAUUGAACACCUUUUACUUUUGUGUCUUUUGAGUAUUUUUUUUUCUUUUCAACAAUGCAGUGAGUUGUUUCUGAUCCAAAACUUGCCUAAAAACUCUGUGGCAGCAGUAGCCUGCAUAAAGAUUUAUGUGGUUCAGUACAUCUGUUGAAACCAUAAAGACAUUUUGCUAAAUCUUGUCUUUUCCAGACGGCCAGACUGUGAUAUGCAAUAAGCAUUGUAAUUAUGGCUGUAACUGCUGACUGUGGUUGAUCAGAAGCUUUAGACUGCUCUUAUGUUUAAGUACUAUUAUAUAGUUAUAUAUAUAUGUAAAUGGGUGGGAUUUUUCCUAUUUAUAGGCACUAAGUAAGUUCUGAAAGCAAAGUGCCUGCAUUUUUGCUAAUUAGAUAGUUCUAUAAUCAGGAUUGUAAAUGGUUAAUAUAAAUAUAUAUUUACAAAAUGUAAAAACUGCACAUUUAAAACGUUUUACCUGACCAGAGCUGGCAAGCGUUAACGUGAGCUGCUCUACAUUUUUGUAUAGACAUCAAUCAGCCACUGCAGAAAGAAUGUUACAGGGUUGCUCCAGGUGUAUUGAUGAUGAAAUGUAUAAACUGUAAAUCCUGACUGUAAAAGUUUUUUUUGUAGAUGUAAAAUCUGAAACUCAGAGAUGUCAAAAAGGUGUUGGGUUAUCUUGAACUCGGAUGAUCUUUAACUGAGGGUAGUACCAGUGAUUUAAUUGGGAUUUCAAAUCAAAUAAAAAUACUGCUGACCCCUUAUUGGUGUGCAUUUUGUCAGUUUUUGCUCUAACACGCAUUCAUGCAAACCAGAU